AUGAACAUGAGCGCAGCCAUCCCCGAUUACAUUCUGAGCUCCGGCCUGGUUGCUCAGCGGACACGGUCCCAUAUGACCGCCUCCACAGUUGGCUCGGACCAAGAAAUCGACGUGCCGUUGCCAGAGGCAGUGGAGGAUUCCGAGAUCAAGUCGGUCCUGCGCUUCGUCACUUCGGCGCAGAGCGCGUGGCCCCAGGAUCUGCGGUUCGAUGUUCCUCGGAUCAUCAAUUUUUGA